GGAAGAGCCGCGGCGUAACGGCCGCCAUCUUGUUUGUUUGAGUGAAUUGGAAAGGAGGCGGCGGCUGUGGCGGCUGCAGGAGCGGCUCCCAAGCUACACCUUACAAGGGCUCCCCCCUUUCCCCGCCCCCUCCCCCGACCCUUUUCCCCUCCCCAGGCCACCCAGCCCGCCUAAUUCCCGGCGGAGAACCAGGUUUCCUCCUGUUUCAUAGUCAACCAGAACAAUGUUCUACGCACAUUUUGUCCUCAGUAAAAGAGGGCCUCUGGCCAAAAUUUGGCUAGCUGCUCAUUGGGAUAAGAAGCUGACCAAAGCCCAUGUGUUUGAGUGUAAUUUAGAGAGCAGCGUGGAGAGUAUCAUCUCACCAAAGGUGAAGAUGGCACUCAGAACAUCAGGACAUCUCUUACUGGGAGUGGUUCGAAUCUAUCACAGAAAAGCCAAAUAUCUCCUUGCAGACUGUAAUGAAGCGUUCAUUAAGAUAAAGAUGGCUUUUCGGCCAGGUGUUGUUGACUUGCCGGAGGAAAAUCGAGAAGCUGCUUACAAUGCUAUUACUUUACCAGAAGAAUUUCAUGACUUUGAUCAGCCACUGCCUGACUUAGAUGAUAUCGACGUGGCCCAGCAGUUCAGCCUGAACCAGAGUAGAGUGGAAGAGAUAACCAUGAGAGAAGAAGUUGGGAACAUCAGUAUCUUACAAGAAAAUGAUUUUGGUGACUUUGGAAUGGAUGAUCGUGAAAUAAUGAGAGAAGGCAGCGCUUUUGAGGAUGACGACAUGUUAGUAAGCACCAGUGCGUCUAACCUCCUGUUAGAGCCUGAACAGAGCACCAGCAAUUUGAAUGAGAAAAUUAACCAUUUGGAGUAUGAGGACCAGUAUAAGGAUGACAAUUUCGGAGAAGGAAAUGAUGGUGGUAUAUUAGAUGACAAGCUCAUCAGCAACAACGACGGGGGCAUCUUCGAUGACCCGCCCGCUUUAUCGGAGGCGGGGGUCAUGCUGCCGGAGCAGCCAGCGCACGACGACUUGGAUGAGGAUGACAACGUCUCCAUGGGUGGGCCUGACAGCCCGGACUCUGUGGAUCCUGUUGAGCCGAUGCCAACCAUGACUGAUCAAACAACACUUGUUCCAAAUGAGGAAGAAGCCUUCGCUUUGGAGCCCAUUGAUAUCACAGUUAAGGAAACAAAAGCCAAGAGGAAGAGGAAGCUAAUUGUUGACAGUGUCAAAGAGUUGGAUAGCAAGACAAUUAGAGCUCAACUUAGUGAUUACUCUGAUAUUGUUACUACUUUGGAUCUGGCACCACCUACCAAGAAAUUGAUGAUGUGGAAGGAGACAGGGGGAGUGGAAAAACUCUUCUCUUUACCUGCUCAGCCUUUGUGGAAUAACAGACUACUGAAGCUCUUUACACGCUGUCUUACACCACUAGUACCUGAAGACCUUAGGAAAAGGAGGAAAGGAGGAGAGGCUGAUAACUUGGAUGAAUUCCUCAAAGAAUUCGAAAACCCAGAGGUUCCCAGAGAGGACCAGCAACAGCAGCAUCAGCAGCGUGAUGUUAUCGAUGAGCCCAUUUUGGAAGAGCCAAGCCGCCUCCAGGAGUCUGGGAUGGAGACCAGCAGAACAAACUUGGAUGAGUCGGCCAUGCCUCCACCUCCACCUCAGGGAGUGAAACGAAAAGCUGGACAGAUUGACCCAGAGCCUGUGAUCCCUCCUCAGCAGCCAGAGCAGAUGGAUAUGCCUCCUGUGGAGCUGCCCCCAGAAGAGCCUCCAAAUAUCUGUCAGUUAAUUCCAGAGUUGGAGCUUCUACCAGAAAAAGAGAAAGAGAAAGAGAAGGAAAAAGAAGAUGAUGAGGAAGAAGAGGAUGAAGAUGCUUCUGGGGGUGAUCAGGAUCAAGAAGAAAGAAGAUGGAACAAGAGAACUCAGCAAAUGCUUCAUGGUCUUCAGCGAGCUCUUGCUAAAACUGGAGCCGAAUCUAUCAGUUUGCUUGAAUUAUGUCGAAACACGAACAGAAAGCAAGCUGCAGCAAAGUUCUACAGCUUCUUGGUUCUUAAAAAGCAGCAAGCUAUUGAGUUGACACAGGAAGAACCAUACAGUGACAUCAUUGCAACCCCUGGACCAAGGUUCCACAUCAUUUGAGCAGCUAGAUGCAUUAUAGCUAGUGUUUAUGUCACUAGUGUGUACAAAUUGCCCCCAUGUGCAGGGCACACAAACCCUUUGAGAAAAUUUAGGUUUUUGUCUGUACAAAAGUCGCUGCCUUUUUUUCUUUUUUUCAGUAUUUUAAAUUUCAUCUUUAAGGGAAACUGCUUAUGUGGAUGUUUGUGAUGGAGAAAACAAACACCCCACAGAUCCAGAAGAAUAGUUCAGAGCAGAUGUGUUCAAUAUUAGCACACAUAAAUGUUGAGUAACAUCUGAGAUUUUAAGAACUUUCCAUUCCUGCAUUGGAAAAGAAACCUUGACUGAUAAUUUUAGAACUAUUCCUUUGACAGAAAUUGUCUUUUAGACAGUAAUCCCAGCAGUCGUCUUCGAGAUCACUUUUUAGGGGUGGUACCCAAAGCAACAGAGUGGUUCUCUUGAGAGUGUAAUUUCAUAAUGGCCAAGGGGGUGUGUAAAAUGAUGCUGUACUGAUCCCCAUCAGCUAUAAAGAGAUAGGAGUUGGUUCAUAGCGCUCAGUUUUGUAAAUCAUUCCAUUUGAAACUUUUUAACGAACCUAUCCUGAAAAAACUGUUUUAAUGAGAUUCUAAAAUGAGCCAAAAUAGACUUUUUUUAGAGUAAAAUCACUAUAAAAAGCAACUUUCCAAUAAUUAUAAAUCAAAGUUUUUUUAAAAAUGUCGGAUAUAUUUUGAGUAUUCAAAUCAUGGAAAUAAGAAUUGUUAAUGCCAACUGAUGGAUCGAUGGAUGGAAAAUUAUACACUUGGUUGACUUUUAAACAGACAAUGCUGUAAAAACUAUGGCUUCUCUGAUAUUUAUUAUAAAUUUUAGUACUGAUCUCUCCAAUUCUGCACACUCCCUGUGUUUGGAACUUUAUUUUAGUAGCUUUGCAACAGAAAUCCUAUAUCUGGUUUCCAAUAAUUUAAGAAAAACUUGUCCAGAUAAAGUCAUUAUUACUAACAGACCAGGUAACAACAGAAAUUAUGUGACUAUUAUGAUUAUCAAAACAUGUCUUAACUUUUUAGGGCAAAAUUACACUGAAAGUUGUAGCUUAAGUGUUGGCACUUUGGGGGGUGGGGUGGGAGGGAGGAUCACUUUUGAAACUCAGACUUCAGUGUAUACCCAGUAAUUUAAAAUUAUGUGAAAUGUUUUAAAUUUGUGAACUCGUAAUUACUGUUUUGAUGAUUGUUUCUUGAGGAUGGUAAUUGUAUAAAAUUGCUAUUGCAGCUUUAUUUUCCAUAUGAUGUGCCUGUAAACCAUGGAUUUCUCUCCCUUUGUAAAAAGACAUUGUAGAUAAUUGAAUGUUUGAUUAUAGAAAGGUCAUUAGUUUCUUGUUACACAUUUUGUUAGUCUGGUUUUGUUGCUUAUCGGGUUUAAUAUUGUUCUUGAAAAUAGUUGAUGCUAUGUUAUGUAUAACUUUUCUAAUAAAAGUUGUGUUAUAAGCUGUAUAAGUAUAACCAAUACCUAAUGGUUAUUUAGUGAAUUGUGUUCCCCAGGAAAAAGAGAGAAUUAUGCUUCAUCUUUUGUUUGCCCUAUCUUGAAUAAUUGUCCAUAACUAAGUGAAUUUUUCAUGAGAUCUUACACUGAAAAAUGGAAGGUUAGACAAAUUUGACCUCUUGGCUACAAGAAGAGUCAUAUGAUCUGAAACUGAAUUAAGACAAAAAUGAAACUAACUGGCUGGUACUGAGGAAUCUUUAAAUACAAAUUCUGUAUUUCUUUGGCACCCUAAACUUAGUGUGAAUGUGUUGAUGAUUGCCAAAAUGCCAGGAAAUCCAGAUCUGAGAAGCCUACUGAAAACCAGUAAUGUGGAGUGUGCCCAUCUUUGCUUUAAAGUCCUGCUCGCAGCUAAGCCCUGAUGUAGCUUAAGCAUAAACUGCCAUGCUGUUUCUAAUAAGAAAAUCAGCAUUUACUAAGCACCAGUUAUCCCCAGACCCAAGGGGGCCUUAAUUUGGGGCUCACUGCCUAUGCUAAAAAAAAAAAAAAAAACAGACUAGUAAAGAAUCACCUAAUUUGAAAGUGAUGGUAGCUGAGAAUUCAGAUCUGCGGGUUGUCCAGAAAGGUUUCUCGAAUUAUAAAAGGCUUGUUACUAAGACUUGAAAGAUGGGCUUGGCAUAGUAAAAUGAGAUGUUUUAGUUUAGGUGUAGUAGAAACAUGAGUGUUUCAGCUUGGGACUAAGCAAUGUUAGGUGGAGACUUUGAAAGAAUUUUAUGACUGCCUUUGUCAAAGGUCAAGCUGCCAAGGGUGCAGUACAAUGAGCAAUGAGCCAAUGUGGAAACCCAGCUUCUAAUCUUAAGGACUUUACAGAGUUUAUCUGGGCCUACGGAUAAGAUAAAAUGAAAAUCAGGUCCCACCAGUUUCCCAGAGUUGAGAAAAUCCUAUGAGCUACUUCAAAGCAAUUUGAACAGCUGUUAGCUUUUGCUUGUUGGGUAACAUUGGCUUUUGAUUCAGGCCACUAAGAAAGUGCUUAGGCAAGUUUCCUACCCUUUCUGAUCCUAAGGUACUCCAUGAGAGAAAGACAUCUCCACUUGGAUGGUCCACAAGCAUCUCAGUCCAUCUUGGUGAGUUGUUCCUUCACCUUCCACAUCCCAUUGGUUUAUUUCAACGCAUUUGGCAACCUCAUUCAUUCAAAAGAUAUCACUAAUUGUCAAAAUUUUAACAAUGCUUAUAUAAAUAUGCACUGAAGUUAUAAAUUUAACUCAUAGCCGGGAUAAUAUAAACACCUUAAGAAAUGGAACCUUUUCAUGUUAAAGGAAUGCUGAAAUAAAAUAGCUGAUUUGACUAUUGAGCUAGCCAGUGUUGGCAGGGUGAUAAAACAGAAAAUAAUUGUGAAACACCUUUAGUUAGAUUCCUUCAGUGCUGUCAAAUAAAAGCCACCUUGUGUGAUUUUAACUUUCCUAGUACUCUCAUUUCAGAAGGUGGAGUUAAUAUACUUA